UUUCUUCUAUAAUGGCUUCCUCUUCUGUUGCACUCUCUGAUGAUACAAAAAACCAGGAUAUCUAUGGCGACGAUCUGGAACCUCUUCAAAAGCAUGCGGCUUUCUUCGACAGGAACAAAGACGGGCUUAUCUACCCUUGGGAAACCUUCAAAGGGUUCCGUGCGAUCGGCUCUGGGAUUCCUCUGUCUACCGUUGCUUCUAUCUUCAUUAAUGUCGCUCUCAGUGGUAAAACUCGUCCUGGAAAAUUCUCUCUUCUCUUCCCUAUUGAGGUAAAGAACAUUCAGAAAGGCAAACAUGGGAGCGACAGUGGUGUCUAUGAUACAGAAGGAAGAUUCGUUCCAGAAAAGUUUGAGCAGAUCUUUCAUAAACAUGCCCAUACUAAUCCAAACGCUUUAACAUCAAAAGAGUUAUCUGAAUUGCUCAAGGACAACCGGGUUCCUAAAGACUACGCAGGAUGGUUGGGCGCCUGGACGGAAUGGAAGGUAUUAUACCUCUUGGGCAAAGACAAAAAUGGUUUUCUAGACAAAGAUACCAUUAGAGGUGUUUAUGAUGGAACCCUCUUUGAAAAGUUGGAGGAGAGAACAGCAGCUCACAAAAAAGCAUAAUUGACUAAAAUGACAAGAUUUAGUACUACAAUGAUUCAUUUUAUGCUUGUUAGUACUCUCAAUUAAUG